AUGUCAUUCGAAGAGAAGUUUCAGGCUGGCGAGGCCUACGGCGAUCCCCAUAAAGAAUCAUCUCAUCUUAUGGCGGAUGCUGCCGACGUUGCCGAAUAUAUCUGGAAUCAUGGUGCUGGCGUUCAGAAGCUGACGUCUAGAAUGGAAAUUAUGGAACUCAUCAGAGAACUCUUACACAAGGGAGAACCUAUAGACGACAAGAAGGGCACCACCGAGCUCUUGAUCAGCAUACUCACCAGCCUACCUUCCACAUCAAAACUCCGUACUCAACUCACCAGCAAGUUUAUCGACAGGCUGUGGAGUAAUCUCCAGCAUCCUCCACUGAGCUACGUCGGGGGUGACGUCGAGUAUGAGGUCGUCAACCCCCGCGAGCCAGCCGACAAACACAGUACUGAGUCCUGUGAGACGAUUGAGUUCAAGGCCCCUGAUAGCGACAUAGUGCUACGGGAACGCAUCCCGAAACCCCCCGACGGCACCUACCAAUACCGCCUACCCGAUGGCAGCUUUAACAGUGUCCUUCAGCCUAACUUGGGCAAGGCUGGUACGCCGUAUGCCAAGUCUGUCCGGCCGCUAAAGCGGCUGCAGGGUGUAAAGCCCGAUGCGGGUCUGCUCUUUGAUCUUUUGAUGGCUCGCGAUGAUGACAACUUUGUCGAGAACCCUGCCGGCAUUUCCUCCAUGCUCUUCUAUCACGCAUCCAUCAUCAUCCACGACAUCUUUCGCACCAACCGCACGGACAUGAACGUGUCUGACACGUCGUCAUACCUUGAUCUGGCGCCCCUGUACGGCUCGUCACUGAAGGAUCAGUUGGAAAUCCGUACCAUGAAGGAGGGCAAGCUCAAGCCCGACACCUUUCACGAGAAACGGCUGUUAGGGCAGCCCGCUGGUGUCAAUGUCAUGUUGGUACUCUACAGUCGCUUCCACAACUACGUCGCCGACAUCUUGCUUAAAAUCAACGAGAACGGACGCUUUACACUGGCAUGCCCGCCGAAUGCUAGCCCCGAGGACAAGGCUCGGGCUGUUGCCAAACAAGACCACGACAUCUUCAACACUGCUCGUUUGAUCGUUGGCGGGCUGUACGUCAACAUAUCCCUACAUGACUACUUGCGAGCCAUCACCAACACCCACCACUCAAGUAGUGAUUGGACGCUAGACCCUAGGAUCGAGAUAGGUAAUCAAUAUGAUGGCGAGGGUGUGCCUCGCGGUGUUGGCAAUCAGGUCAGCGUCGAGUUCAACCUGAUAUACCGAUUCCACUCCUGCAUCUCCAAAAAGGACGAGCGUUGGAUUAAUGAUUUCCUUGUUAAGCUCUUUCCAGGUCGCAAACCAGACGACUUGAGUCAUGUGAGCCAUGUUGAGCUCGGUCAGGCCUUGGUAGCGUUUGAACAGAAUAUUCCCAAGGAUCCUAGUGUUCGGACAUUUGACGGGCUAGAGCGCCAGGCCGACGGAACGUUCAGAGACGAGGACCUCGUCCGCAUUCUCAAAGAGGCCAUGGAGGACCCGGCUGGCGCAUUUGGCGCCCGUAUGGUUCCUAAGGCACUAAAAGUGGUCGAGGUCCUGGGUAUCAAUCAGGCUCGCAAAUGGCAGGUCGCGUCCUUGAACGAGUUUCGCGACUUCUUUGGACUAAAGCGAUAUGACAAGUUCAGCGAGAUCAACUCAAACGAGGAGAUUGCCACGAUUCUGGAGAAACUGUAUGCGGAUCCUGACAUGGUAGAACUCUAUCCAGGCCUCAUGAUUGAGGACAUUAAGCCCGUCCGCAACCCUGGUUGCGGCAUCUGCCCGACUUACUCGGUUGGUCGGGCAAUCCUGUCUGACGCCAUCACACUGGUACGGUCAGACAGAUUCAACACAAUCGACUACACGGUGGCCAACCUCACAAGCUGGGGUUACAAUGAAGUACAGCAGGACAGCAAGACUCUUGGGGGAUCCAUGUUGUAUAAGCUCAUACAGCGAGGUGUUCCCGGCUGGUUCCCGUUCAACUCGGUAGCCGUCAUGCAACCCAUGUAUACAAAGAAGGCAAACGCAACGAUUGCCCAAGAGCUUGGAACGCUGCACCAGUAUACUCUGGACGACCCAAAACCGCCAGAAACGGCUGUCGUGAUAUCCACACACGCCUCCAUUAGGCGAGUCCUUGACAGCCCCAAACAGUUUGCAGCACCUUGGCUCAAAGCUUUCAGCUUCUUGCUUCCGGGAAAGAAGGAUUGGAGUUGGUUCAUGUUGACUGGCGACGAAGCCCACAGCUCUGGGCAUGAGACUAGUUUCGACAAGGCAAUUGGCAGUAUCCCAGACGUGUAUCAUGCCAUGGGCGAGCUAAUUGGUGGCGUCGGUGCACAGAUGAUGCAAAGGGAGACCUUUAGGAUGAGGGAAGGGCUUCAUCAGCUUGACCUGAUGCGCGAUAUAGCCAUUCCACUGUUGACUCGGGUACUCGCUGACCUCUUCUACCUUGACUUGCGCUCUGACGAGAACCCGAACGGUACACUCGGCACAGCCGAGCUCUAUCGACACCUGGUCAACGUCCGUGUCUGGGCAGAUAACAGCGACUCGGGCGAGGCCUGGAACCGUCGUCGUGAUGCCCAAGAGAGUUUGAAGGUCAUUAUCGAAUCAAGUCGUAAGCUAGUCGACGAAGUCGCUCGUGGGGUGGGGUUCGGCUUGGGCGUCGUCUCUGCCUUGACGAGUAAAUUCACCCGCAAGGCCUACGUCAAGGACGGUUCUUUGAGGUCGUGUGGGCUGAAGCUCGUCGAGGAGCUUCUCUCCCAGGGCAAUUCGGCCGAGAGAGUUGUCGACAGUCUAUGGCUGACGGCCGUUGGCUGCGUUGGGCAUCCAGUCAAUGCGUUUUCCGAAGUCAUGGGAUUCUUUCUGCUCCCCGAGAACGCAUCCCUGUGGGCUGACGUGCAGGACUAUGCUCAAAAAGCUGAUGAUGGCUCCCUCCGUGGCUACGUGGUCGAGGCUCAACGUCUCACAAGCUCACGACGCAGCCAUCACAUGGCAACGCAGCCGUGUGAGCUGGAGGGCAAGUCGAUUCAACCUGGAAAUAUAGUCAUAAGUAUGCUUGGGAAGGCUGGGCGUGACCCAUCAGAAAUUUCGAAGCCCGACGUGUUUGAUGCAAAGCGUCAGGUAGAUGCUCUCAGAUGUUCCGACUACGGCAGCGACGCGGGUUUCGGUGAGGAGGUUGCACUUGGCUUCGUUGUCGGACUGGUGAAGCUUUCAGCGGGCCUCAAGCAGCUCCGUCCGGCGCCGGGAGCGAUGGGCCAAGUCAAGACGAUCCGCGUGGGCAGUGACAAGCUCUAUCUCAACGAUAGCUGGUCGUACCUGAGUCCGUAUGCCAACACCUGGAAAGUCCAUUUCAGCGGGCACGGAAAGGGCAACUUUGAGGGCGACAGGGGGCCGACAAAGGCGGUGGAUAUGCAACAAUACUACUAUCUCAUCAAGAAGUAUAAAAGCAAGCUGAGGAGAGCCAUGUGA